UUACAGCAAGAAUUAGAAGAUCGUUCACUGAGUACUACAAUAGUGGAGUCAGGGAUACUAACCAUCAUCAUGUUAGUAACAUUGCUUGGUAAUGUUCUGGUGUGUCGUGCUGUUUAUCAAAGUCCAAGGCUUCGUACCAUUACUAAUUACAGUGUGGUGGUCCUUGCACUUACGGAUAUCUCCAUGGCGGUGUUUGUCGGGCCUUUUACCUUGAGUGUCUUCAUCUUGGGCAAGAAGCCGUUCAGUCAUGUCCUUUGUCAAUUCCAGGCCUAUGCUGCAAUAGCACUGGUCUACAACUCCAUCUUCACAGUAACAUUCAUGUCAGUGAACCGUUACUUAAAGAUUGUCAUAGGUGACCAUCUAUACCGUAAAGUAUUCACUCAUAAAAGGACGGUGUUAAUGCUGUUUGCUGAACUGAUAUUAGGGUGGGUGAUUCCAACGUUUUCACUGUUAACUGGAAGAGAAUUCCAUUACCAUCCAGGAAAAAUGGUUUGCACUAUGAAAAAUGAUCCGAAACGGCAAAGUGUAUUUGCUCGUUCCAUCAUGCAUGGUUUCAUUUUCUUUUUGCCGUACUGCAUAACCAUCUUUUGUUACUGCAGCAUAUACAUCAAGGUGCGAUCACAUAACAAGAGGAUAGCCAACGCUGCCCCGAGUACAACCAACAACACAACAACAACAACUAUCAACAGAAAGGAUAUUAACAUCACCAAAACACUAUUCGCUAUAUUCCUGGUUUUCACGUUUUGUACAAUGCAGUUGGGUGUUAUUAGUUACUGUGAGACCCACAUUGGAGAGUACAAGCUCCCUCGGCAAGUCUAUGUUCUGUACACAUUGAUGUGUAGUUUGGCAAGUGCAGUCAAUCCUUUUAUUUAUGGGCUGUUUAGUCCAGCCUUUAGAUCGGAGUUAAAGCGUAGCCUGUGUCUAACAUGUCUAACAAAUAGGGGGGAAGCUGGGAAUGUGAUUGAAAAUAAAAGCUAAAGUGACAAAAAGAUGAAGUGACUUGUAAAGUCCAUGGUUCCUUGUAUAAUUAAUUUAUGAUUGUAACUUGGUUUUAAAAGUGUUACAUCAGCUGCAGCAGCAAAUGUUACAUCAGCUGUUUAGUCCAACCUUUAGAUCAGAGUUAAAGCGUAGCCUGUGUCUAACAUGUCUAACAAAUAGGGUGAAAGCUGUAGGAAUGUGAUUGAAAAUAAAAGCUAAAGUGACAAAAAGAUGAAGUGACUAGUCCAGUCCAUG